UCAAAGUUCACACUUAUGGGGAACAGACAGUAGGGACAAUUUUUAUGUGGGAGUUUUCUCCGGACCUUCGUCAGAUCCGCUCGUAGUUGCUGUUCCAAAGGCGCUUAUUGGCAAGUAAAAUGGCUAGAAGGGGUCACAACCUACCGGACGAAGAUCCUGAAUUGUCUCGCCUUUUUACACAACUCUGGCGCUUGGACAAGAACAGGCUUACACCCGGACGAGACUAUGAAAUCAAUCUGCAAGGAGGAACAAAACGUUUCUGGACUCGUGAUCACGCGCGUGAGCCUUUGUUCACUUACGUUACAGACGAGGCAUUACGACGACCCACCUAUAGGAGCUUCAUUGCUCUUCUUGACAACUACGAACGCGAGACGACUGUUCCCGAGACGGUGACUCCCGAAGAAGAACGAGAAAAUUGGACCUUCAUCGAUGCCAUUAUGGAGACUGAACCAAUGAAAGAGGCCCACCGUUUUCUUGCAGGGAAGAAGAAAUCCCCCAGCGAUGAGCAAGGCUUCAAGAGGCAACUAUACGACAUUUGGUUUAAGCUCUACAGGAGAACAAGAGCGUCGGGCUGUCUUGAUUCUUCUGGAUUCGAGCACGUGUUUGUUGGUGAAUGUCGAGGAGGAGAAGGAAGAGGACGAAAUGAAGUGAUUGGAUUUCACAACUGGAUUCAAUAUUAUCAACAAGAAAAGUGUGGCGCUGUUGACUACAAAGGCUAUAUUUUGAACAAAGAGCCUGAAGGACCUGACACUCGUCUACUGACCAUACAGUUCAGUUGGAAGAGGGAAACAAAACCCGAAGGCAGCACGUUUAUUGGAACAAGUCCCGAAUUUGAAAUGGCAAUUUACACAGUCCUGUUCUUGUGUGGCCAAAGUGGAGACAACGUGGUGACUGUGGACAAGCAUCGCUGUAACAUCAAAGUGUAUCACCAUGGCAGAAAUCUUGGAACUGCCUACCCUAUUGAACUGUAGUGGUAUUGGUAGACACUAUUGCAAGAAAUGCGAUAUCAAA